AUGAGCAAAAUAAGGGGACUGCUGUGGCUGCGUAUCAGCAGGGACCUGCAGGGCAGCCCAGCGGUCAGUGGGUCAGAGGCAGCCCCAGGGACUGCGCGCGUUUUCAUUGGCCGAGAGGAGAAGGAGAAAGGAGGAGGGGAGACGGACGGACUGGACGGAAUUCCUCAGCGCUCCUCAAAUUUCAACAAAUCCAAGACCCUCAGCUCCAUCCGGACGCAGAACCUCAGCCCAGCUCCCCUUCUGCCGAGUGGAGCCGCCGCUUUAGACCAAACCGUACGAAAAAUGUUGCGAAGUGUGGCCGCGCUCCUUCUGCUGGCCGGGGCUCUCUCUAACGCGGAGGAGUUGCAAAGUAAGAGCAAAGUGUGUGCCAACGUCUUCUGUGGGGCUGGCAGGGAGUGUGCGGUCAACGAGAAGGGGGAGCCGAGCUGUCUGUGCAUCGAGAGCUGUAAGCCUCACAAGAGGUCCGUGUGCGGCAGCAAUGGCAAAACCUACAGGAAUCACUGCGAGCUCCACAGAGAUGCUUGCCUGACAGGCUUGAAGAUCCAAGUGGCUCACGAUGGACACUGCAAGGAAAAGAAAACAGAGAAGGCAGCUGCCAGCCCAGUCGUGUGCUUCGCUGCUGACCGCAAUGAGCUGAGGAGUCGUGUUAUCCAGUGGCUGCAGACCGAGGUCAUCCCAGACGGCUGGUUUGUCAAGGGGUCCAACUUCUCUGAAAUCCUGCUCAAGUACUUCAAGUCGUACGACAACGGGGAUUCUCAGCUGGACUCCUCCGAGCUGCUCAAAUUCAUCCAGCACAAUGACUCGGCGGUGGAGCUGCAGUCCUAUGCAGACCAGGAGAGCAACAAGCUGCUCAGGAGCCUGUGUGUCGAUGCCCUCAUUGAGCUCUCUGAUGAGAACGCCGACUGGAAACUCAGCUUUGAUGAGUUCCUCAACUGUCUGAAGCCCGGCUUCAACCCACCAGAGAAGAAAUGUGCCCUUGAGGAUGAAACCUACGAGGACGGGGCAGACACCCAGGUGGACUGUAACCGCUGCGUCUGCGCAUGCGGAAACUGGGUGUGCACCGCCAUGACCUGCACCGACAAACAGACAGCCGCGGGUGAGUCAGAUGCUGGAGCAGAGAUGACGGAGGAGGAGUGGAACCUUCGCGUGGCUGAGCUCAACAAGCACCAGGAAACGGUUGAGAAGAUGAAGAGCAGCACAAAGGAGGCCUGAGGGGGGAAACGAGGAGAAGAAGAGGAUGCACGCCAUCACCCUUCUUCCAUACUUGAUUUCCCUUGUGGCCAAGUGUUAUCAAACUGACUUUUUCAUCUUUCUCUAUAAUGUUAAUUAUUACAGUUUUUUCUAACAGUCUUUAAGUGUUUACGUUGAUGUUUGUUUGAAUCUAAAGCAGUCCCAUAACGUAAUGGGAUUGCGUUGUGUUCAGUACUGUCAUAUUUGAUUUUAUUACUGCACCUCCACACUAGUCUGGGGAUUAUUUUUCUUUGUAUUUUAUUUUAAACUUGCUAUGAAAGAAACUGUCAAGUUGUCAUUGUUUUGGCAUAUGGGAGUCAGCGUUUUAGGAGGCAUCAGAGUUUGGAGCUUGGAGAAUGCACUUGUUGAAAUGCCUGCUGCGACCUGAUUCACUUCACCUUCGUAUCAGCAGGUGUUUUUAACAAGCCCGACGGGAUAAGAAGGUAAAAACCACCUGGGCUUCUGAAUUUGUCGCCGUGUGGAAUCACAACAGUAAGCCACUACUUGACCAUUGCACUUCUUUCUUUCUCCUUGUCUUUCCUAUGCUUCUGUUUACCACAUUGCUGAAAUGUAUUUGUAUCUUACGGCUUGAGUGUAAUUUUUACCGCAAAAAAGUAUGUUUCUUUGUACAGUAUGUGGCUUGAAUUAGAGCUCACUUUGUUCCCAUGUUAUGCUCCGACAAGUCUCUCUGGUGCUUUUUGGUUGAACCAUUUUCUGUCUUUUUUCACUGGGAUAAAGACAGGUUGCUGUCCAGAUCUUUGCACCAGGUGAGACCAGAUCUGAGUUUAGCAUGGUGAAAACUGAUACCAAAGCCUUGAUGAAGUGUUUGAAUAAUGUACAAAAAACUCUCCAGGUAAAACAUUACUCUGGACCCAGCAACAACACUAUACCUGUGCUUUCAAAAUCACUAACAGAAGGACUAGCCUUGUUGUCAGCUAAAGUAGCAUAGCAACAUUAUCUGGGUGCAAAUGAAAUGUGUGGAUGUGUGCGAGUGUGUUAUUAAUGUAAAAGUAGUUGGGUUUCUUUAAUGUGGUCAUUUGUCUAAAAGUUGUAUCAAAAUUGGGAUGUUUGACAGAAAAAUCAGUGCCUUAGACCUGCAAACCGUAUCGGUCAACACCUUCGCCUGCACAUCAGCAGUUGUGUCACAAGCUCGUGGCUGGAAGGAGUGUGCUUUGCUGAAGUUUAGCAGUAAACUGCUGCCUUGUAACUCAGGCGCUGGUAAAUGUGUGUGUGAAAGGUACAUUACUAGUUUCAAGCUAAAUCUUUCCACUGAAAAGUGCAGAGACUGUAAUGAAAAUGUGUGUAUGCCAAUAAAUGCCCUACACCACAACAUAA